CCACAAUGGGGCCGGCGACGAGGAACUUCGUGCCGACUCUGCUGGCGCUCUGCUGGCUGACCUGCUGCUGCACGGGGAUAAGCUCCAUAGACAUUGACCGCCCCGGUGACGGGAGGUGUCAGCCGAUAGAAAUCCCCAUGUGCAAGGAUAUAGGGUACAACAUGACGAGGAUGCCUAACCUGAUGGGACACGAAAACCAAAGGGAAGCUGCCAUUCAGCUGCACGAGUUUGCCCCCUUGGUGGAAUAUGGUUGCCACAGCCAUCUGAAAUUUUUCCUCUGCUCCCUCUAUGCCCCUAUGUGCACAGAGCAGGUUUCUACACCAAUCCCAGCCUGCAGGGUUAUGUGCGAGCAGGCGAGGCUGAAAUGCUCUCCUAUUAUGGAGCAGUUCAAUUUUAAAUGGCCAGACUCCUUAGACUGCAGUAAACUGCCCAACAAGAACGACCCCAAUUACCUGUGCAUGGAAGCCCCCAACAACGGAUCAGAUGAGCCACCCAGAGGAUCCAGCAUGCUGCCACCCAUGUUUCGUCCGCAGAGGCCCAGCAGCGGCCACGAUCUGCAGCAGCAUAAGGACAGCCUCAGCAGAACCUCCUGUGAAAAUCCUGGCAAGUUCCACCAUGUGGAAAAGAGUGCUUCCUGCGCGCCGCUCUGCAGUCCAGGGGUUGAUGUUUACUGGAGCAAGGAUGACAAACAAUUUGCUGUCAUUUGGAUUGCCAUCUGGUCCAUUCUGUGCUUCUUCUCCAGUGCUUUUACUGUACUCACUUUUCUGAUAGAUCCUCAGCGUUUCAAGUACCCCGAGAGGCCCAUUAUCUUCCUCUCAAUGUGCUACUGUGUCUACUCAGUGGGGUACAUCAUUCGCCUCUUUUCAGGUGCUGAAAGCAUUGCCUGUGAUAGGGACAGCGGCCAACUCUAUGUCAUCCAGGAAGGACUGGAGAGCACUGGUUGCACCAUUGUAUUCCUGGUUCUGUAUUACUUUGGUAUGGCGAGUUCCUUGUGGUGGGUAAUCUUGACUUUAACUUGGUUUCUAGCAGCUGGGAAAAAAUGGGGGCAUGAAGCAAUUGAAGCAAACAGUAGCUACUUUCAUUUGGCAGCAUGGGCCAUUCCAGCUGUGAAGACCAUAAUGAUCCUAGUUAUGAGAAGGGUGGCUGGAGAUGAGCUGACAGGGUUGUGCUAUGUUGGAAGCAUGGACGUGAAUGCCUUGACGGGGUUUGUACUCAUUCCUUUGGCUUGUUAUCUAAUCAUUGGCACUUCUUUUAUUCUUUCUGGUUUUGUGGCCCUUUUUCAUAUCAGGAGGGUGAUGAAAACAGGUGGAGAAAAUACUGACAAGUUGGAGAAACUUAUGGUCAGGAUUGGUGUCUUCUCAGUCUUGUAUACAGUGCCUGCAACUUGUGUGAUAGCUUGCUAUUUUUAUGAAAGACUUAAUAUGGAUUAUUGGAAAAUUGUGGCAACUCAACAGAAAUGCAAGAUGAACAAUCAGACUAAAAAUCUAGACUGUAUGAUGAAUAACUCUAUUCCAGCAGUAGAAAUUUUUAUGGUCAAAAUUUUUAUGUUGUUAGUCGUGGGCAUUACUAGUGGUAUGUGGAUCUGGACUUCCAAGACUCUUCAGUCCUGGCAAAAUGUUUGUAGUCGAAGAUUAAAGAAGAGAAGUAGGAGAAAACCUGCAAGUGUUAUUACAAGUAGCGGAAUCUACAAAAAACCUCAACAUCCACAGAAAACUCACCUUGCAAAAUAUGAAUCGACAUUACAGCCACCCACUUGUGUGUGACCAGGUUUUAGAAAAGACUAUCUCACCUUACAGACUUACAAAUGUCCACAGUAGCAGUCAGAUAUUAAAAAAUAAAUGGUGCUUUUUU